AUGGCUUCGGCAGAGUCACGGCCGCUACUGGCUGCCACCAACACCGACACCGACACCGAAACGAACCCGAAAUCCCCCUCUAUCCACCAUGUUACGCGUUCUAGAGCCGCCGGUGUGGCCCGAAUGGACCGAGUGUCCGCUGCUAUGACUUCGAACCAGCGUAUCGGGCUCUUUUUGUCGAUAUUUAUUGCCGGAUUUGCCUAUGGCCUCGAAGCACAAGUCCGCUCGGCAUACCAACCUAACGCUACAGCGUCGUUUUCGCUUCACUCAUAUCUGGCAACCAUCAACGUGCUUCGCAGCGUGGUUGCAGUUGCAGUGCAGCCGACUUGUGCCAAGAUUGCAGACGUCGCCGGCCGAUUUGAGGUUAUUUUCGUUGCAACAUGCUUUUAUGUUGGCGGCAUGGCCAUAGAAAGCACAGCCAGCACCGUUUGGGUGUUUUGCCUAGGCGGCAUCAUCUACCAGAUUGGCUAUACGGCUAUUGUGCUGCUCCUCGAGGUGCUGAUUGCCGACUUUUCAUCCAUGCGAGCCCGCGUCUUCUUUAGCUAUAUCCCAGCACUGCCAUUUGUUAUCAACGCAUGGUUGAGUGGAACUGUUACUUCAGCGGUUCUCAGCGUGGCUACUUGGCGCUGGGGCAUCGGCAUGUGGUGCAUUAUAUAUCCUAUUGCUACAGCACCGUUGCUCAUCAUCUUGUACAAAGUCGAGCGCAGUAUCCCAGCAGAUAAGGCCCCAGAAGUCGCAAAGAAGUUGCCAUUCUUUCAAGCCUGGCAGGCUUGGGCAGCAGAUGUGUUUGACCAGUUGGAUAUUUUCGGCCUAUUUAUCUUGGUCGCCUCGUUUAGUCUUGUUCUGGCACCGCUGACAAUUGCAGGCGGCACCACAUCACACUGGCAGAACCCCGUCAUUAUCAUCCUCUUGGCGCUGGGAGUCGGAGGAUUUAUUACAUUUAUUAUUUGGGAAAAGAACUACGCCAAAACACCACUGGUGCCGUUCCAUCUUCUCGCUGACCGUGGCGUCUGGGCAGCCCUUGCGGUUCGGAGUCUGCUCAAUGUCGCCUGGUACAUUCAGGGCACAUAUCUCUACACGGUGCUUGUCGUGGCAUUCGAUUUCAGCAUCCAGUCUGCCACGCGCAUUCUGUCUUUCUUUUCCUUCUUUGGCGUCAUUAGCGGCGUGCUAGUUGGACUUGUUGUGUACCGCACCCGCCGCCUCAAGUACAUCAUUGUCAUCGGCACCAUUGGGUUUGUCAUUGCUUUUGUGCUACUCAUCCUCAACCCAGGCGGCGCUGGCGAUGAUUCCCGCGCCGGUGUUAUUAGUGCACAAGUUCUACUUGGUCUAGCAAGCGGAUUCUUUGCGUAUCCGACACAGGCAUCGAUCCAGGCUUCAGCAUCGCGCGACCACGUCGCCAUUCUAACGGGCUUGUAUCUAUCUUUUUUCAACGUCGGAAGCGCCAUGGGAACAGCUGUAAGCGGCGCUGUGUGGACGCAAACGCUCUACUCGUCUCUGCAGCACAACUUGGCGUUCCAGGACAAUUCGACGCUGGCCAAAUCCAUGUACGACGACCCUUUUAGGACAGUAGCCGGAUACCCAGUGGGCACCGACAUUCGCAGCGCCAUUAUUCAGAGCUACGGCUACGUACAAGGUCUUCUUUGCGCCGCUGGCCUCGCUAUAUGUUUGCCCAUGGUGGGCUUUGCCAUGGCCCUUCGUAACCCGCGACUCGGCGAUGCCCUCGUCCAGGAAGAUGUCGACAACGAGGCAUAA